AUGGGUACUCAAAAGAAGGAAAAACAAAGAAGAGUAAGAGAAAAUGAUACAAGAGAUGGUAAUCUUCGAGUGAAGGGUGAGAAUUUCUAUAGAGAUGCUAAGAAAGUUAAACAUCUUAAUAUGUAUAAACAAGGAAGAGCUAUUCGUAAUAAAAAAGGGGAAAUUAUAAAAGCUGCAGAUUUGCAAAGUACAGAUAUACCCAAUGCUCGUAUUGAUCCUAAUAGAAAAUGGUUUGGUAAUACCAGAGUCAUUGCGCAAGACGCAUUGACACAUUUCAGAGAGGCUAUGGGUGAAAAAACUAAUGAUAGUUAUCAAGUUUUAUUGAAAAGAAAUAAAUUACCAAUGUCAUUAUUAGAUGAAAAAGAUACCACAGAAUCACCAACUGCUAAAAUCAUAGAAACUGAAAGUUAUUCAAAUACUUUUGGUCCAAAACAACAACGUAAGAAACCAAGAGUUGCUGCUUCAAGUUUAGAAGAAUUGAUGACUUCUGCUGAAACUGAUUCUACUAAAUAUCAAGAAAAACAAGAAUUAAAUUCUGUUCUUGGAUUAAUGGGUGGUUCAUUUUUGGAUAAAGAUGAUUUCACUCAAGAAGCUAAAGAAGCUAUUUUCCAUAAAGGUCAAUCCAAACGUAUUUGGAAUGAAUUAUAUAAAGUCAUUGAUUCUUCAGAUGUUGUUAUUCAUGUAUUGGAUGCAAGAGAUCCUUUAGGUACAAGGUGUGAAAGUGUGGAAAAAUAUAUUAAAGAUGAAUGUCCUCAUAAACAUUUGAUUUAUGUUUUAAACAAAUGUGAUUUAGUUCCAACUUGGGUAGCGGCUGCAUGGGUUAAACAUUUAUCUAAAUCAUACCCAACAUUAGCAUUCCAUGCUUCUAUUACAAAUUCAUUUGGUAAAGGUUCAUUAAUUCAACUUUUACGUCAAUUUUCUACUUUACAUUCUGAUAGAAAACAAAUUUCUGUCGGAUUUAUUGGAUAUCCAAAUACUGGUAAAUCCAGUAUAAUUAAUACCUUGCGUAGAAAGAAGGUUUGUCAAGUUGCCCCAAUUCCUGGAGAAACUAAAGUUUGGCAAUAUAUCACAUUAAUGAAACGUAUAUUUUUAAUUGAUUGUCCUGGUAUUGUUCCACCACUGGCUAAAGAUUCUGAAUCUGAUAUUUUAUUCCGUGGUGUUGUUAGAGUUGAACAUGUUUCUAAUCCUGAACAAUUUAUACCUGAUAUGUUGAAAAAAUGUGAACGUAAACAUUUAGAAAGAACUUAUGAAAUUAAAGGAUGGAGUAAAUUUGAAGAAAAUGAAGAAUUGUUAGAACAAGCAAGUACGGAAUUCAUUGAAUUAAUUGCUAGAAAACAAGGUAGAUUAAUUAAAGGUGGUGAACCUGAUGAAGUUGGUGUUGCUAAACAAAUAUUGAAUGAUUUCAAUCGUGGUAAAAUUCCAUGGUUUGUUCCUCCUCCAAAGGAUGAAGAAGAUGAAGAAGAUAAAAAGAAGAAAUCUGGUGAAGAUAAAAAAGCUGAAUAUAAGAGAAAGAGAAAACAAAGAGAACAACAACAAGAAGAAGAUGUCGAUGAUGAAGAGGAGGGUACUACUAGUAGUAGUAAUAAAAGGGCUAAAAUAGAGGAAACUAAAUAG